GUCUCCAUUUCCUCAUGUCCCCAUAGCUCUAUGUCCCUAUGCCCCCAUGUCCCCACACUGCCCCAUGGUCCCAGGGCUCUUUGUCCCCAUUUCCCCAUGUCCCCACACUGCCCCAUGUCCCUGUGUCCCCAUGUCCCCAUUUCCCCAGGUCCCCACUUCCCCAUGUCCCUAUGGCCCCAUGUCUCCACACUGCCCCAUGGCCCCACGUCUCCAUGUCCCCGUGGCCCCAUGUCCCCAUGGCCCCACACUGCCUCAUUUCCCCAUGUCCCUGUGUCCCCAUGGCCCCAUUUCCCCGUGUCCCUGUGUCCCCACACUGCCCCAUGGCCAAAGAACCAUGGAGAUGCUCCUGGGCUAUCCCAUCACUCCUGUCUGCCCCUGCUCGCCCCACACCAGCCCUUCCCAGUCCCUGUCCCCUCCCUCCACUGUGCUGUCCCUUGCAGAGAGGCCACUUUGUCACCAUGAAGGUGCUCUAUACCUGUGGCUACUCCACGUCGCUGGCAGCGCUGCUCCUGGCCAUCGGCAUCUUCUGCUGCUUCAGGAAGCUGCACUGCACCAGGAAUUCCAUCCACAUCCACUUCUUCACCUCCUUCAUCCUGCGGGGCACGGCCGUGUUCAUCAAGGACAGAGUGCUCUUCUCGGAUGAGUCCAUUGACCACUGCACAAUGUCCACGGUGACCUGCAAGGCUGCCAUCGCCUUCUUCCAGUACUCAGUGCUGGCCAACUUCUACUGGCUGCUGGUGGAGGGGCUGUACCUGCAGACGCUGCUGCUGCUCACCUUCACCUGCGACAGGAGCUACACCUGGGGCUACGUCCUCAUGGGCUGGGGCGUCCCCAUGGUCACAGUCGGGGUGUGGGUGCUCACCAGGAUCCAGUAUGACAACCACGGGUGCUGGGAUGACUACUCCAGUGUGUACUGGUGGGUGAUCAAGGCUCCCAUCCUCCUGGCCAUAUUUGUGAACUUCCUCAUCUUCCUCAACGUCACCAGGAUGUUGGCACAGAAGAUCCGGUGCCCGGACCUCAGCAGAACCCACAAGCAGCAGUACAUGAGGCUGACCAAGUCCACGCUGCUGCUCAUCCCCCUCUUCGGGGUGCACUACGUGGUGUUCGCGCUCUUCCCUGAGCACGUGGGCGUGGAUGCCCGGCUGUACUUCGAGCUGGUGCUGGGCUCCUACCAGGUGAGAAGGGCAGGGAAAGGCCCAUGGCCCCAUCCCAAAUCACACCAGGAGCCUCUGGAACUCGGGGGUUUGGCCUCUUUUGGGGGAGGGUGCCCCCAAACACCUGGGGCUGAUUCUCCAGUGGAAGGAGGUAAGGGCAGGGAGAAGAUGAGCACAGAGGGGUCCAGCCCCUUCCCCUGGGUGCAAAUUGCUCUGCCUGUCCUCUCCAGGGCUUCCUGGUGGCUCUGCUCUACUGUUUCCUCAAUGGGGAGGUCCAGGCUGAGAUCAGGAGGAACUGGGGCACCUGGCAAAGGUCCAUGGAGAGCAACGUCUUCAACCUGGCCACCCAGGACUUCACAGCAUGAGCAGGACAGGAGAGGGGCUGCUGGAGCAGCAGCUCCGUGGCUGCAGCCCCAGAAUGACCCAACCACCCUGAUUUUGGGGGUUAUGGGUCUGACACCCUCAGAGGGAGCAACCAGAAAGACCCAAACUCUGCUCUGAUUUUGGGGGUGUUGGGAACAAGCAGAAAGACCCAACUCCUUGUGAUUUUGGAAGUUCUGCAUCUGAUACCCUCAGAGGGUGUUGGGAACAAGCAGAAAGACCCAACUCCUUGUGAUUUUGGGGGUUCUGGGUUUGACAUCCUCAGAGGAAACAACCAGAAAGACCCAAACCCCCUUGAUUUUUGAGGUUCUGGGUCUGACACCCUCAGAGGGUGUUGGGAACAACCAGAAAGACCCAAACCCCCCUGAUUUUGGGAGUUCUGGGUCUGCCACCCUCAGAGGGUGUUGGGAACAACCAUGGGAGAGGCUCUGCAUGCUCGGUGCUGGUGGAUCUUGCACCCUGUGGUAGCACCUCACCCCCAGAGCUCUCACUGCUUUAGGGCAGAGUUCCAGGCAAAGAGAAGGGAAAUUCUGCACUUUUCUGCCUGAAACUGGGAAGGAAACACAGAAAUCCUUCACCCAAGGACAGCUGGUGGGUUUUGUUUGCACUGAAGGAAAAGGAGCAGUGCUGAUACUGAAGGGAUUCACUGAUGGGUGUUUUCCCCUUUCCUUGGUUUACAAAAUAAUUUCCUGUCUGGGAAGAUUCCUAAACACAGCCAGGAGCCCCCUGGGGAUGGGAGAGAGGCCAAACCCCAAACCUCUACAAGAGACUCCCCCAAAUGGCCUCGGGACCCAGUUCCUCCCCAUUCCCAAAAGUCUUCCCCUUCUCCCUUGUGGGUUGAGUGAGCUGGAGAUGUUCCUUUGCCAGGAGAGCUCUGCCAGCCCUUUGCUCUGAGGAAUGGGACUCACCUGCCGUCCCUGGGGGAUCAGGAAGGGUUUUGCCAAUAAAAUCUCAUUCCAAGUCCAGCCUCACUUUUCGGUGUCUCAUUUUGCUCCACAAACCCAGAGGAUUUGGGACUGGGGGCGCUGCAGGAUGAAAACCCUGCCCAUGAUGGAAUUCUUGGAGGUACCUCCCAGGCAAUCUCUGCUUUUCCCCUGCCUGCUGAAGCUCGCAGAGAGGAGAUGGAGGAGGAAGAUGAGGAAGAUCUCGAGGUGGGGGCACCACGAGCUGUCCCAAAGGUCCUGGGGUGCCCUCUGGGUGCCCCCAGCCUGUUCCAGCACCAUGAACAUCCUUCACCCUCCCAGCUGAGCUCCUGCCCUCCAAAUGGUGCCUCCAGGAGCGAGAGAGGCCCCAAAUGCCCUUUUUCUAAACUUCCUGGCCUCUCCCCUGCUCCUGAGACGGGAGCCACCCGAUCCCAGCCUUGCU